AGCUAUUUGUAUUAUUCUCUUUCGCACGUCAGUCGUACGGUGGCUAGUGAUGACAGUGAUUGUUCGUACACUGUGAUAUUGAACUACGCCGAUAGUCAUUUGUCACAAAUAUUUAACAAAUAUUUUGAGUACGUGACCACACGGAAUAACAUUAUGGCGGCGCCAAAUCCAUACAGCGGGCUCCUGAAGAAAUUGGAAGUUAAUAAUCAGAGCUUCAGUUACUUUGACAUAACGCAGCUCGGCGCUAAAUAUGAUCGUCUCCCAUUUAGCGUGCGCGUUCUCCUGGAGUCCUGCGUCCGUAACUGCGACAAUUUCCAGGUGUUGGAGAAGGAUGUGAACAAUGUGCUGGAUUGGGAGAAGAAUCAGGCUGUUGAGGGUGGAGUGGAAAUAGCUUUCAAACCAGCUCGGGUCAUUUUACAGGAUCUAACAGGUGUACCAGCUGUUGUGGACUUUGCAGCGAUGCGUCACGCCGUCAAACAGCUGGGCGGUGAUCCUGACAGAAUAAACCCCAUAUGUCCAGCUGACCUGGUCAUAGAUCAUUCCGUCCAGGUGGAUUUUGCAAGAACCCCCGACGCUUUAAACAAAAACCAAGAGUUGGAGUUUGAACGCAACAAGGAGAGAUUCCAGUUUUUGAAGUGGGGCGCUCAAGCGUUUGACAACAUGCUGAUAGUUCCACCUGGAUCCGGUAUAGUUCACCAGGUCAACUUGGAGUAUCUAGCCCGAGUGGUGUUCACCAAAGACCUUCUGUAUCCCGACUCGGUAGUGGGUACCGAUUCUCACACCACAAUGAUCAAUGGCCUGGGGGUUGUUGGGUGGGGUGUUGGAGGUAUUGAAGCAGAGGCAGUGAUGUUGGGUCAGGCUAUCAGUAUGUUGUUGCCAAAAGUGGUCGGUUACAAGUUGGUUGGUGAAUUGAACCCACUAGCGACAUCUACCGACUUAGUGUUAACUAUUACUAAGCACCUCCGUUCCCUGGGCGUGGUUGGUAAAUUCGUGGAGUUCUUCGGUCCGGGCGUGUGUGCUCUCAGUAUAGCUGACCGCGCCACCGUAGCCAACAUGUGCCCCGAGUUUGGUGCCACUGUCGCUCACUUCCCGGUGGACGAACGCUCGCUGGACUACCUCAGACAGACAAAUCGUUCGGAUGAUAAGAUCAAGAAAAUUGAGGAAUAUUUGAAGGCAACUAAACAGUUUAGAGACUACAGCAAUCCGGAGCAGGACCCCGUGUUCUCAGAGGUCGUGGAGUUGGAUUUGUCAACGGUGGUGACAUCUGUGAGCGGGCCCAAGAGACCUCAAGACAGAGUUGCUGUGAAAGAUAUGAAGGAAGACUUCAGGGCCUGUCUUAAUAAUAAGGUGGGCUUCAAGGGGUACGGGCUUACUCCCGCGCAACUCACCUCGUCGGGCAGUUUCUCGUACAGCGACGGGAAUACCUACUCCAUCACACACGGCUCGGUCAUUAUAGCCGCGAUCACGUCCUGCACCAACACCUCCAACCCGAGCGUCAUGUUGGGUGCCGGUUUGCUAGCAAAGAAGGCUGUGGAGAACGGUUUGUCCGUCCUUCCAUACAUCAAGACCUCGUUGUCGCCAGGGUCUGGUGUAGUCACGUAUUAUCUGAAGGAAUCCGGCGUGGUUCCGUACCUGGAAAAGUUGGGUUUCGACAUCGUGGGUUACGGCUGCAUGACGUGCAUCGGGAACUCGGGACCCAUAGACGACAACAUCGCCAACACCAUAGAGAAGAACGAGUUAGUUUGCUGCGGCGUGCUCUCCGGCAACAGAAACUUUGAAGGUCGGAUCCAUCCAAACACGAGAGCUAAUUACCUAGCGAGCCCCCUGCUGGUCAUCGCAUAUGCUUUGGCCGGUACUGUUGACAUCGACUUCGAGAAGCAACCGCUGGGCUCUCGGUCAGACGGCUCUCCUGUAUUCCUCCGCGACAUCUGGCCGACGCGGGCUGAGAUCCAGGAAAUAGAAAACAAAUAUGUCAUACCCGGCAUGUUCAAGGAGGUCUAUGAGAAGAUAGAGCAAGGUUCAUCAUCCUGGCAGGCGCUGCAGGUCCCUCAGGGGAAGCUCUACAACUGGGAUGACAGCUCUACAUACAUCAAGAGACCGCCUUUCUUCGAUGCCAUGACUAGAGAGCUGCCUGCCAUCCAGAGUAUAUCGGGGGCGCGGUGUCUCCUACUGCUGGGCGACUCGGUCACCACGGACCACAUCUCACCAGCGGGAUCGAUAGCCAGGAACUCUCCCGCCGCCAGAUAUCUGGCUGAGAGGGGCCUGACCCCGCGCGAGUUCAACUCGUACGGGUCCCGGCGCGGUAACGACGCGGUGAUGUCCCGGGGCACGUUCGCCAACAUCCGUCUGGUGAACAAGCUCGCGGCGCCCGGACCGCGCACCAGGCACGUGCCCUCCGGAGACGUCAUGGAUGUCUUCGAUGCUGCUCAGAGAUACGCCGAGGAGAAGGUCCCGCUGAUAGCGAUCGUCGGUAAGGACUACGGCUCAGGAUCCAGUCGGGACUGGGCCGCUAAAGGACCCUACUUGUUGGGCAUCCGAGCUGUGAUAGCAGAGUCCUUUGAGAGAAUCCAUCGCUCCAACCUGGUGGGUAUGGGGAUAGUUCCCUUGGAGUUCACUAACGGAGAAAACGCAGAGAGCUUGGGUUUGGACGGGACCGAGUCCUAUGAUAUAGAUGUCCCUCAUGAUGUGAAGACGGGACAGAUGUUGACCGUUAAGGUGGACAGCGGCAAAUCAUUCCAAGUGAAGGUCAGGUUUGAUACCGAGGUUGAUCUGACAUAUUUCAGGAACGGAGGCAUCCUGAACUACAUGAUCAGGAAGAUGCUGUGAAACUGAUGGGAAUAGGGUUGUGGCUUAAUAAUUAUUGUUCAGGCCAGGGUUGUACACUAUUUAGUUUUGUAAUGGCAACCCUACUUCAAAUCACAAACUUGUUUUAUAUAUGUUUGUAUUAAUUAUUCGCUCAGUGUUGUCACUUUAUUGACAUUUAAGAAUGUUUUAUAUAUUUUUUUUAUUUAAUCCUGGUUCGAAAUUGUUAUAUAUAUAAAUAUGAAAAUGGUUGUGGGUUUUUCAAUGCUUAUGAUAUUAAAAUAUUAUUAGUGGCAACACUUAUUAGUAAAUGACUAUUUUCCCAUGUAACCAGAAUUAACCCUUAAGGUCAAAGUUCAACCUAAAAGCUACAAGGCAUUCGUGACUUUUACAACUAUUUAUAUGAAUUUUUUAUAUAUAUAUACUUAAAUAAAUAUACUAUGUUACA